GUAUUCUAAAACUAAUACUACCUCCGUCCCAGUCUGUUUGUCCACUUUUGACUUUUGGAACUGUUCAUCUAAGCACUUUGACUCAUCAAAUUCUCUCAAUGUGUAAGCCUAAAUAUAGUCAUGUGUGAUCUUGUUUGAUUUGUCUUAACAUAUAGAUUAUUAAUAUAUAAUUUCUAUAAUUUUUUAAUAUACAAAUUACAAGAUAAAAUGGAUUAAAGAAGUGCAUUGGAUGUUGUGCCAAAAGGCCUACCACACUAAUUUCAAUUCUUGGCCCAAACCACCAAAUGGAGCCCAAUCCAAUCCAAACAAAGAAAAGGGCUGACCACUGCUCGUUCCCCUCCCCCUUUUUUUCUCCGGCUUUGGACCUUCUGCACGGCAACUGGACGGCGACUGCUCUGUACGUGGACGGCAGCAACCAGGCGAGACGCAGGUUUCAGAUCCUUCGGACGGCGACCCGCUGUGCGACUGUGCUGUGUGAGAUCGGGAGACGCAGGGGUGCGUUCCUCUGUCCGGCUACGAUUGAAGCGAAAACAGGGACGGCGAUCUAUCUCCUCCUGCUACGUUUUCCUGCCCUCUGGUGACGAUGAUCCGUACUCGACGUGGCGGAUGAGCUUCCUCACUGCGGUUCAAUGAUCAGCGGCGAACUCCCUUCGCGCGCACGUCCUUCAGAUCCGAUCAAAUAAGAUCUCCCCUGCGCAACACAGCCGAGGCUCUUUAGCGGCUCCUGCUCUCCCCUCGAUCUGAGGCGAAAAACGACUGAAUUUGUUUUGGUAGGUCUUUAUAACAGUUUCCAUAUUUAGUCCUCUAUUAACAAAUAUUACCCCCGUAG